AUGUCGACGUACAUCUACAAAGAACGAGACCGUGAGCGGGAGUGGGACGAGCCCCGUUCUUCCACCGUCUCUAUCAAGCGUUACGUCAUACCCUCCGAAGACGAACGUGAGCGCGACUUUUUCUAUCGCCGCGAGGACCCUGGUGAUAGAGAGGUGGUGAUUCGGCGCACGGUCGAUCGUGAAGAACCUCUUACCGUGCAGCGCUACGAGCGUGAAGUUGAUUAUGACUCGCGCCCAUAUGACUAUCGCUCCGAAAGAGACUAUUACGAACCCCGAGGUCCGGUCUACAUCAAUCCGCGGGAGUCCGACUACGAAAUCGUCCGCCGCUCUGAAGUAGACAGAGAGCCCGGAGGUUAUUACUACCAUCGCCGUGUUCGAGAAUACGAUGAUGACCGCCGUUCUCGACGGGAACUGAGCCCUAGUGACUCCAUUUCUCAGGCUGCCCGCCAUCGAGAUGGCCAGGAGGCGUAUAGCAGUGACGACAGCAUGGUUUACAUCCGUAAAGAAGUUCGAGAAUACGAUGAUAGCCCCCAUCAUCGGCGACAUCUGGCCGAGGGUGCGCUAGCGGGUGUCGGUGCCGCAGAACUGCUUCGCAAUCACCGCAAAAAAGAAGGGGAAGAAGUGUCGGAUGGUGUGGGCCGCCUGGGCAGGGAUGUCGGCGCGGGUGCUCUGGGGGCUGUUGCGGCAGAGGCAGUUUCGCGCGUUAGAGACCACUACCGCAGCAAAAGCCGACAUCGCUCCCAUUCGAUUGAUGAUGGCAGAAGCUCUCACUCGCGCCAUCACCAUCACCAUCAUCACCACCGCCAUAGCCAUAGCCGUCGCAGCCGCAGCCGCAGCCGUUCACACUCCCACUCACGCGCCAGACAUCUUGCGGAACUUGGCCUAGGCGCUGCUGCCAUUGCCGGAGCCGUGGCGUUGGCGCGGAGUAAGUCGAAUUCAAACAAAGACCGACGAAGCCGCUCACGCCAUCGCCGCGCCUCGAGCUCGCGCAGAUCGCUAAAGGAUAGCCAUGAAGAGACACGCAGCCAGUCGCAACGCAGGAAACAUAUGGCAGAGGCUGGCCUGGCUGGAGCGGCUGUAGCGGGGCUGGUGGAGAAGGCACGCAGCCGUUCCCGCUCUCGCAGACGCGAGUCUCGAUCACACAGUGCUAUCCGGAAGGCCCUCCCCGUGGUAGCAGCUGGACUCGGAACGGCAGCGGCAACGGGUCUCUACGAGAAGAAUAAGGAAAAGAAAGAAGAGGAGGAGUCACGACGUCGGGAACGUCGACGGUCGAGGUCGCGGAGCCGCGCCCCGUCGGAGGUGUACCCUGAUCCAACGAGGGACUCACCUGGUUUGAUUGAAUACGGCGAUCAUCCAGUCCAUGGCAGCAUACCUCCUAACUACUAUGGUCGGCCAGUGAGCCCGCAUGGAUAUUAUUCCGACGCUUCUGAUCCUGUAGCCAGCGGUGCUGCGGGGUUCGGCUCUUCCAGGCAUCGAACACGCAGUCUCAGUCGCAGUCGCAGCCGCAGCCGGGGCGUUCGAUACAGUAGCGACUCGUCUGAUUCCGAUGGAGGCAGCCGCCGCAGGCGUCGAAGCCGUCACGGCAAGCAUCGCAGCCGUUCCCGCGAAAUUGCCGAAGCUGCUUUAGCCGCCACGGGAGUUGGGUAUGCGGCCCACAAGCUUUCACAGAGAAACGAACGCAAGAAAGCGGAUAGGGACAGAGAUAGGCCGGAAUCCGAUGAGGAUGCACGCCGUGAGCCAUAUGACAACCCGUACAAAACUCCAUUGCCCUAUCCGGCCACACCUGCAGCAGCGCCUCGGCCAGUUGAUGAUCACCAGUAUUAUCCAAACGGCAACUACUUUCCGCCCCCUCCAGCGACAGGCCCACGCCCAGAACUGGCACCUUACAGCCCGGCUGACUAUCCACACCCUCCUGGCCCGGUGCCACCCCAGUCGUACGAAUAUCCCUCUGGCCCUGGCCCAGACCCUUACGCUCCGCGGCCCCGCAGGGCAGACGAGAAUGUGAGUGCAUCGAACUAUCCCCAGCCCACUGUCCAAGACCGCGCAUUCGAUGGUGGGUUCAGGAAGUCUGCCGCCAGUUGGGCUAUUACUGACAGUGUUAUUUAG